UGUGAUUAUUCUUAACACGCCAUUAAUUACAGUCGCCGCCAGGUCACCACCGUUCUACUUGUCUGUGCACAUGUCUACCAGUCACGGGACCCCCCAAGCACCCGGGAAGGGCGAUAAAAGAUUAUGGGGACCCAGACUAAUGCGAAAUGGCGCUGCACCUGCAACAAUCCCCAUUCCAGUCGCCGUCGAGCGAAUACAGCCCGAAGUGCCUACGCAGACACCUGCUUUAAAUACAACUAGUAAUAGGCCAAUUUUGACACCCCUGAUCAUACCAGUUUCCCGCCAACCCGCGCCACCUGCACCAGUUCCAAGACUACAACAGCCACUCCAACGUCAAGAGAGGCCACCCUCACCCCCAAAGGCUGGCUAUGCUUUUAGCCUCGCAUGGAAGGGGACGAGGAAUGAGCUUGACCCUGAAAUGGUGCGCAUUGGUAACACGUUUAGAAGCAUGCUGAACUUCGAAGUAGAAGAACACCGGAUGGAACAGCGCGGUACAAGCACAGAGGGAGUGGCGGCAAUAGUCGAGUCAUGUCUACGAGACAAAACCAAAAACAAAUUCCUUCCCUUCGUUUUUUAUUACCACGGCAGUGCGACAUUUUGCGGCAGCGAUUCCCAUGGAAGUCCCCUAGAUCUCAUCCUGCACGCUACGGGCCAAGGGCAAGAAAAUGGGAUAGACUAUACACAAAUUCACAAUCUUCUUACGGACAAGACAGUUUGGCCCGUUAAGAUUAUAGCUAUUCUCUGCAACUCGGAGAACUCUUUAGGAAAUCCGUGGCCUUUCCCGAUGCAACGCGGCGGGAAGUUUAUGGAUGACAGAGAGCGCCACCUAGUGGGAACUACUUGCUGGCUGGGGGCCAUUCAUGAGUGCUAAAAUCCAAAGUAGUUUCGAGGCACUGAAGAGGGAAAACGCCGUGAUUUCGGCAUUGUCCCUUUUUCAUGACAUCCUUCUAAACACGGUUCCGCGGAAGUUGGAAAAGAGAGGACACAUGAAAUCGCAAGACGGUGCUUUCUUAUUGAAUUUUAGAUGUAUCGAUGAUAUUUAUUUUUGUACCAACGCUGACCUCGACGAUCAGAGUUGG